AUGGCACAGGCUCUGGAUCGGUAUGUGUUGAGUUUCUGUGGUCUGAGAAAAAGGGUCUUCAACCGUCUAACGAAUUCUAAACCGUGUAAGACAAACCACCUCAUCAUGUACUACCUGUGCAUGACCCUCCUUGACAUGGAAGCAAAAGAGUCCAUCAUCAGACAUUUGCUGCUUGCUGGAGCGGAUCCGAAUGCUCUCACUCCUCGACGGCAAACUCCGUUGCAUUUGGCGGCAGCAAAUGGCGGUGCAGAAUUGGCAGAAGUGUUGUUGUCGAGCCAAGCUUCACCUGCAGCUGUAGAUGACGAGCAGAACACUCCACUGCACACUGCCAUGAAAAACAGCAGGUUUUCCGUCGUCAAAGUCUUGAUCUUGGACGACCGAACGGAUGUUCAUGUCAGUAAGCGAUUGAUCGUGGGAUUCCCUAGAACGGAGGGUCGAUGUAUAAUGUUUGAAACGAACGCGCUUUUGGAAAAUUGGAUCCGAAUUUCAUGAUACUGUAUUUCAGAAUUAAGCUGGGAUUUUUUCCUCAUUUCUUGUCGGAGUCUUCUUGAAUGCAUGAAAUAUGGAUC